AUGGCAGAUCAACAAGAAGAAGAACCGAACUCCACCGCCGAUGAAGUUUCCCACCGACCACUCGCCUGCUGGAUUCCGACACACAGGGUGAAGAAAAUCAUGAAACUCGACAAGGAAGUGAAGAAAAUCAAUUCAGAAGCCGCGUUCCUGGUCUCCGCAUCAACGGAACUGUUUCUGCAAUUGCUGGCCGAGAAAUCAGCUCAAGUCGCCUUGGAGAAGAAGAAGAAGACUAUCAAGCUUGAGCAUUUGAGAAUCGCGGUCAGAAGGCACCAGCCGACUAGCGAUUUCCUCCUCGAUUCGCUUCCCCUGCCUGCUGCACCUCAGCCGUCCGAUCAAAUCUCCAAAAGACCGUCCUCAGAUCCGAAGCCUCCUCCCGCUGGGACGCGUAGGAUUGAAGCUUUCUUCAAUAAGUGCAGUUAG